AUGUUUCGUAAUCAGUAUGACAGUGACGUUACUGUUUGGAGCCCUCAGGGUAAACUUCAUCAAGUGGAUUAUGCUGUGGAAGCAAUGAAACAAGGCAGUGCUACUGUUGGUAUAAAAAGCAAUACCCAUGCCGUUUUAGUUGCUCUUAAGCGAGCAGCUAAUGAAUUAUGUUCUCAUCAGAAGAAGAUAUACGAAAUCGAUACACAUGCUGGAGUAUCCAUUGCCGGUCUUCUUUCCGAUGGAAGAAUAUUGGCACGAUAUUUACGGACUGAAUGUGCUGCAUGGAGAUGGGAUUAUAAAGAACCUGUGCCCAUUCAAAUUCUUAAUGAUCGAAUUCAAUUGAAGCUUCAAGCAAAUACGCAACAUUAUGGAAGGCGUCCUUUUGGAGUUGGUUUUAUAAUCGCCGGUUAUGACGAAAAGGGGGCUCAUAUCGUCAAGACAGAUCCGUCUGCAGAAGUAGUUGAAACGUAUGCAAGUUCAAUAGGUGCUCGAUCCCAAAGUGCCCGCACUUACCUUGAGAAAAAUAUGGAUGAAUUUUAUACUGCAUCAUUGGAUCGAUUAAUCGAAAUGGCUCUUUUCGCACUUCGCGACACUUUGCCAACAGAUGAUGUUCUUUCUCAAAAAAAUACAACAAUAGCCGUAGUCGGCAAAAACACGCCAUUCAAAGUAAUGGAUGAUGAAGACGUUAAACCUUAUUUGGAUCGCAUAGAUAGAAUACCGCGAGCAGGUAUUCAAGCUGAGGUUAGUUCCUAA